AUGGAGUCAAGCGUUUUGGAAGGCAUCGGCGUCGAAAUAAUCGGCGUAAUGUCACCGGUAUCAAUCUGCAUGUUCCUCGUCGUCCUCCUCGUUUACUCCCUUUCCACCUCCUCCUCCCCCGACCUCACCAUCCGCACCGCCGCCAAUCUGGUCUACGCCGAGAAUCCCUCCGACUCCACCGCGCAAAAACUCGAAGGCGCUCUCCUAAACGCCGUCGUUUUCGUCAUCCUGAUCGCCAUCGUCACUUUCCUCCUCGUUCUCCUCUACUACUACAACUGCACAUCCUUCCUCCGUCACUACGUCCGCUUCUCCGCUUUCUUCGUCCUCGCUUCCAUGGGCGGGUCGAUUCUCCUGUCGCUGCUUCAGCGGUUCUCUAUUCCCUUAGAUUCCAUUACUUGUUUCAUUUUUCUCUUCAAUUUUACUAUUGUUGGUGUUCUAUCGGUUUUCGCUUCCGCGAUUCCGAUUAUUCUCCGGCAGUGUUAUAUGGUUUGUCUUGGGAUUAUCGUUGCCGCGUGGUUUACAAAGCUUCCUGAAUGGACGACUUGGAGUUUGCUUGUGGCUCUUGCCGUUUACGAUCUUGUAGCUGUUUUGGCUCCCGGUGGUCCGUUGAAGCUUCUCGUUGAUUUGGCUUCCAGCCGGAACGAGGAGCUUCCUGCUUUAAUCUAUGAAGCUCGCCCUACUGUUGCCCCAACCGGUAGGGCUGCUGCAUUAGGGUUUUUGGUUGCCGGUGUUACCGAAUCCGGAUCAGGAUCGGGAUCGUCGUCGAUUGAGCUUCAGGUAGUCCCUACUGAGAAUGAGAGUAAUAGGAACACUCAUGGUGUUGAUGAUUCUGUUGGUGUUGUUAGGGUUGAGGAUCUAAUUAACGAUGAAGGGGAAAGAUCUCCGUUGGUUGGUAAUGCGAAUCGUGAGGAGGAAAGGUCUCCACUAGUUGAGGUGAAUAGGACUGAGAGAAAUAUGGCGACAAGGAGAGAAGAGGAAGAACUUUCGGAGAGAGGUAUUAAGCUUGGACUUGGUGAUUUUGUUUUCUACAGUGUUCUUGUGGGUAGAGCUGCAAUGUAUGAUCUCAUGACUGUCUAUGCUUGUUAUCUUGCGAUUAUAUCUGGACUUGGCUGCACUCUUAUUUUGUUAUCUGUGUGUCGUCAUGCUCUGCCUGCGCUCCCGAUUUCGAUUGCGUUGGGUGUGCUUUUCUAUUUCUUGACUAGAUUGCUAAUGGAACCGUUUAUUGUUGGGACUGCCACAAAUUUGAUGAUGUUUUGA